ACUGCAACAGGCUCCACCGGCAGCGACAACUUCCUCAGUGGCACACAUGAUUCCGACACACACGUAUCGCAAGCAAAAAGUUGAUGAUGGUGAGGCCGGUGAUGGAGAUGAUGGUGGCACGUGUGCGGUGUGCUUGGGAGACUUUGAAGAAGGUGAGGAGUUGAGGACGUUGCCGGAGUGCAUGCACUGUUUCCACGUGGCAUGCAUUGACACGUGGCUGAGCAACAACUCGAGUUGCCCCAUUUGCCGUAGCAGUGCCACGCCUUCUGUGGAGGUGCUUCACAGCUCUGACCAUGAGCACAGCAUGGAUAUCUCUCAGCUUGCUCUACUCCAAAAUGGGUUUCUCAUGUAAGCAGGGACGGAGCCAGGAUUUCAAUACUGGGGGUGCCA